AUGGCUCCAAAUCAUCACGUAAAUAACAACAACAAAGGAAUCCUUCCUUUACAACCCAACAGAAGAAGGAAGCAAAGACUAUUCAAUGAAAGUGAUGGCAGAUUACAAGGUGCAACAAAUCCGAUUUUAUCAUUAACAACAAUUAAUUCUGAUAUCGGUAUGAAAAUUGAUUCGGAAAGGAACCAACAUUUGGCCAAUAUUUCUCUCAAUUCUGUAUGUGAAAGCUUAAAUAUUCCAAUGGCAAUGGUCGGUAGGUUUCUAAGACCUGAGGAAGCAAGAACCUUCGUUUCUUGUAAUAUUUGUGCACACAGAUUAAAUGUGUUGUGGGCCAGUAUGAUGAAUAUGAUGGCCAACCUUUAUACAAGUACCAUGAUUGUUCAAGAAAACUCUUUUGAUAUCCCAAGAAUGUAUCCAACCAUUUCUCCCCUUGUUUAUAUUUCUCCAUCAAUCGUACUGUGUAAACUUUCAGCUAAACAAUUAUACAAACAAAUAGUGGAAACUACUUUUCAAAUUGAUCAAACUUUAGAACGUCUUAAUGAAGACAAGAAGGCAAUGACAACUUUUGAAGAAACAAACCACUUUCUUAUUUCUCAACUUGUGAGAUAUUGCGUUGAACUGGAGAGAGGAUCAACUUUGAAUCAAAAUAUGAAGACUGUACUUAUUAAGGAAAGAGAGUUCAUUUCUCAUUUUCAAAAAAUGAUAAUCAAGAGAUUGAAUUUUAUAUUGUAUGGUCUUGAUUUGAAAUCUAUAGGAAUCAAGUUAUCAAAUACAGAUAUUUUAGAUUUCAGUUCCUCAAUAUUUGAUGUAUCAAAAAUUUUUGACAUUGAAAUAAUACCUGAAAAGCCAAAAGUAGGAAAAGUAGAUUCUUCUGGGAAAAAUCAAGAUUUAGAGCUCAGUAAUUCUAGUGAUGGUAGUGGAAAAAGUGCCAUUCUCAUUACAAGCAAUUCUCAUAGAGAAGAGCUGAAUGAUGACGACAAUCAAAAACAAUGUACAGAAAAAGAUUCUUUGUCAGGAUUUAUUCAAACCACCACUUCAGACACAACAACCAUCUCUAAUAUUCAAAAUAACUUGAACAAUGCUAAAAAGAAUACAGACUUUUCUGUUGAAACUGUUGAGGAAAGAGGGGUUACUCUUACCCCUUCGAGCCCUCCUGUAAAUAUUCCAACCUCCUCUCUUUCACAACCAAAAACAACACCUAUUCCCAAGUCAGAUUGUAAUUCUCAUUUUAGAGAUGAUGAUAUUCCAUUCACCGAAAUUUCUAAUUUUGUACAGGAAGAUGCUGCAAUUUUAAUGAAAAGUGCAGCAUCAGCCACAACUCCAAUUAUUAAGAAACCUUCAAGUAACCCAAAGAAAAGUAUUCUCAAGCAAUCCAAAACUAUUCCAAAAAGACCACCUUCUCCACUGAUUGAUGGUUAUGAUAGUGAAGAAGAGCCUCUGAUUUCUGUUCAUACAUCUACCUUUAGUUCACUAAAUAAUAAGGAUCACGAGAAUGUUUUAAAUUCUGAUUCAGACGAUAUGAGUGAUGAUCUUUCAACAUAUAGCGAUAUCACAAGAAACAUUGGGAUGCAUAAGGAUUAUAAUCCUACAAAAAAACAAAAAUUGUAA